CCUCGGCCAUGGGCGAGCAUCCUAGCCCMGGCCCCGCAGUGGCCGCCUGCGCCGAGGCGGAGCGCAUCGAGGAGCUGGAACCUGAAGCCAAUGAGAGGCUGCCCGCGGCGCCGGAGGAUCACUGGAAAGUCCUGUUUGAUCAGUUUGACCCCGGGAACACAGGCUACAUCAGCACGGGCAAGUUCCGGAGCCUUCUCGAGAGCCACAGCUCCAAGCUGGACCCGCACAAAAGGGAGGUACUCCUGGCCCUUGCCGACAGCCAUGCAGACGGGCAGAUCUGCUACCAGGAUUUUGUCAACCUGAUGGGCAACAAGCGUUCCAACAGCUUCCGCCAGGCCAUUUUGCAGGGCAACCGCAGGCUCAGCAGCAAGGCCCUGCUGGACGAGAAGGGGCUGAGCCUCUCACAGCGGCUGAUCCGCCACGUGGCCUAUGAGACCCUACCCCGGGAGAUUGACCGCAAGUGGUACUACGACAGCUACACCUGCUGCCCCCCACCCUGGUUCAUGAUCACAGUCACACUGCUGGAGGUUGCCUUCUUCAUCUACAAUGGAGUUUCGCUGAAUCAGUUUGUGCUGCAGGUGACCCAUCCUCGUUACCUGAAGAACUCCCUGGUUUACCACCCCCGGCUCCGAGCACAGGCUUGGCGCUACCUGACGUACAUCUUCAUGCAUGCAGGGGUAGAACACCUGGCACUCAACGUGGUGCUGCAGCUGCUGGUGGGGGUGCCUCUGGAGAUGGUGCACGGAGCGACCCGCAUUGGGCUUGUGUACGUGGCCGGUGUCGUGGCAGGGUCCUUGGCUGUGUCUGUGGCUGACAUGACCGCACCGGUAGUGGGCUCUUCCGGAGGGGUGUAUGCUCUCGUCUCUGCCCAUCUGGCAAACAUCGUCAUGAACUGGUCAGGCAUGAAGUGCCAGUUCAAGCUGCUGCGCAUGGCUGUGGCCUUGGUCUGUAUGAGUCUGGAGUUUGGGCGCGCCGUGUGGCUCCGGUUCCACCCGUCGGCCUACCCGCCCUGCCCUCACCCGAGCUUCGUGGCACACCUGGGUGGUGUGGCCGUGGGCAUCACCCUGGGCGUGGUGGUGCUGAGGAACUAUGAGCAGAGGCUGCAGGACCAGUCGCUGUGGUGGAUUUUUGUGGCCAUGUACACCGUCUUCGUGCUGUUCGCCGUCUUCUGGAACAUCUUUGCCUAUUCUCUGCUGGACUUGAAGCUGCCACCGCCCCCGUAAGGGGCUGAGGACAGAGGAGGUGGGGAGGGGAGGGAGAAGCAGCAUCCAGAGGGAGCGCCUGGAUCUUUUUCUCAUCACCAGCUCAGUGAAGCCAGAGAGGAAAGGCAAGGACUCCGCUGCUACUGCCAUGUUUGUGUUUCCAUAGGGCACUCGGUGGGGCCUCUUGUUGAAAGGCACUGGAGGAGG